AUGGGAAUUCUUGAUCUUGAAGAACAACUUGCAUUUUAUCGCAAAUAUCAUUAUAAUUCAACAAAUGUUGCCAUACAUAUAAUUUUUGUUCCUACAAUUCUCUUUUCUUCACUUGCAAUUCUUUCAGCUUUCCCACUUUGGCCUACACUUUCUUCAAUUUCUGCUUCUUAUUUAAAUAUUGGUCUUUUAACUGCUUUAUCUUAUGGUCUUUUUUAUCUUUUACUCGAUUUAACUUUUGGUCUUCCUACUCUUUUUAUAUUAUUGGCUAUAACUAGAGCUCAAGCUUCUUUAAUUUGGUUGGAAGAAUUACCCUUUUAUGUACCUGGAUUCUUGUUACCAAAUCUUUUAAUUGAUUCUCCAAUUAAAAUAAGUAUUAUCUUAUUUGUGGUAGGUUGGAUCGUCCAAUUUAUUGGCCAUGGAGUUUAUGAAAAAAGAGCACCUGCUUUACUAGAUAAUCUAGUCCAAGCUCUAGUGUUGGCUCCAUUUUUCGUGCUUUUCGAAAUCGCUUACCUUUUGGGAUUCCGUACACAAGUUAUUGAACGGGUAGACGAAAAAAUUCUUCCUGAAAUUAAAGCCUUUCAUAAAAUCAAGUAA